AUGGCGGCUUCAGUCAUGUAUGUAGCUACAGUCGCUCUUCUUUUCAUUCUCAAUUCUUCAAUCGAUCUGACAACUUCACAGGCUUUAGUUGGUGAGUUUACAAACUCCUUUUACCUUUAAAUACCGUUUAAUUUAGAACGAAGUGGAGGACAGAUCGGGCACAUUUUCAGUGAACGAAACUGACUGAAAAAAAAAGAAGAAGGAAAAGACAGAUGGAAGGAAAAUAACAAAUUAAAAAAUGCUACUUUGAGAUUUUUUUGUUCUAAGGUUGCUGAAUCAUAAGAUAUGUACAAUGCAAAUCAGUAUUUUUUUUUGUACGGAUCUCAUUACGCAAAGUAGUGAAGUGUGAACUUCUCGUAAAAAAGGGCCGCCGUAUACUAAGAAUGGCCAGCCUGGAUAUACUGCCAUAAAAAAGUGAUAACAAAUGACUGUUUGCAAGAGUCUAAACUUACAGAAAUUAAAAGUUCACUAACGCACAAUUAACAGAUCGUUAAUUAAUUAUUAGUCAAGGUCAUUAUCCGACCAUUAUUUACUAAAGUUUCAGAUCAUACCUCUAGCGGGAGACUCAUUUCAGCUGCGAUAUUUAUGUUAAAUAAACUUGCGCCUUAAUUGCUUGUAUAAAAUAUUGAUGCGACCACCAAGGGUAGGGCCUUACUCAUGAAAAUCUUUCAGUUAGAAAAUAAGCAUCUUUUUUUUUCAAAAGAGAAAAAAAAGGCAUAUUGAUGAGAUGUAUUUUGGGUGUUAGGUGGGAUAAAAUUUUGGAUCUAUCUGACUGUACAGGCAUAGGGAUUGAGCUAUUGCAGGUAGCUAUGGAGAGUUUGCAAGGAGAUAAAUGCUCGAAUCUCAACUAUCACUAAGUUAGAAUUUCGGCAAUAUCUCAGCUACCAGUUAAUAUUUUUUAGCAAGUAUCUUGCUAACUGUAAAUUCUGUGGAUCUCAGAUCUCAGCUGGAUCUCAGCCUUUUUUUCCAGCUGAUAGCUAAAAUUUUGAUCAUUUCUUAGCUACCGGUUAAACCCAACCAGGUCAAGCAGAGCCUGUAACGUGGCCAUGACUGAUUAAGGGGCACGUUUUACAUUAACAAAUCGUAGCCUGCGAACAAGCUCCCAAGUGGAGCAGUGCGAAAAGGAAAAUCGGCGAGCGAAGUGAGCAGUGCGUGGCCUGGGGAGAAAAGAGACGUUUAUUUUUCUCCCCAGGCCACGCUCGACUCUUUUACUCGCCGAAUUUCUUUUUUGCCCAGCUCCACUUGAGAGCCUGUUUGCAGGCUUAUCAUAUAUUCAUAUUGUUACCUUAAUUGCCUUUUGUUGAGUAUUUGCUGUUAGAAUUCUAAGUUAAAAUACAGUAAUUACCUUUGAAAUACUUUGGCAAAAAUAAGACUGUCGCAUACUGAUUUUGUCUGUUUGUUUGUUUUCCACACAUCAUUUGUAUGCAUAAAUAUUUUGACACCAUUUCAUGGAACGAUAAAGAUGGAAGAUGCUCAUUCGUCAAGGUUCUAGCCGUGAAAUAUAACAAAUCAUUGGAAGGACAUGUGCUUACGUCAUAUCCAGUUGAAAAGGAGGACGACUGUCAACUCAGAUGCUUUCAACACAGACUGUGUGUAUCGUAUAACCUAGGGCCUUUGGUAGAGGGUGACAUAAGGGACUGUGAAAUCAGCAAAUCAGAUGAGUUUAGGGACCCACAGAACAUGAAAAAUAGGCCAAACUACUUAUACCAUGGAUUAAAGGUACAUUUGACUUGUACUUAAAAUUAUUCGCACCUCGGGCAGUUAGCCUGCGAACAGCAGACGCGUUUCUGGUCGUCGCUUCUCUCCCUCCGAAAAAUUUCUGAGGGAGAGAAGCGACGACCGGAAAUGCGUCUUCUGUUCGCAGGAUACGGGCAGUGGGCAGUGUUCCUUAAUUGGCCUAGGGGUGAAUUUCCGCUAUCGGGUAAUUUUUAUGUGCGUAUAUAGAAUAAACGCGAUUUACGAAAGGCCACGCGUAAACGUAAAAGUUGAGCGAGGUUGAACAUUAACUUACACGUGACAUUUACGCGGGGAAAAAUUACGCGACGGUCAAAAACCACCUUAAACUUGAAUCUCUGCCCCACAUUUGCAUUCUCAAAGAGGGUGUUCUAGAUGCAGUCAAUUCUCUCAUAGUGACCACCUCCCGUAAGCGACCACUUUUUCGUGCUCUGAGGGUGGUAGCUUACGAAAAGGUUGUCAACAUAUUGUCAACAUAUUGGCGAAAGGCAGAAUGGUUGCUACGGCUCUUCUUCAACACGCGGCCUAAAACAACGCUUCAGUGCUAGUCUGAUGAAAAAUCAGAUGAUGAUUGGGAAUAUGUAGCAUAACUGUUGUUGGAGACUAAGGAGAAACGUGAACUUCGCAUACACUAUUUUUGAGAAUAAAAAGGUUCGAGUUAUGAUAGGCGCCGGGACUUGUGUUAAAAAGAAUCAAGAUGAGAACAAAUGAGUUUUAAUUUUGGUAUGGCUGACAGGGAUCAAGGAUAACUAAGAAGAUUCGUAGAAACAACUUUUUUCAUUAGGCUGGAAUUUCUUGGAAUUAGACGUUUCAGGUAGAAAAUAAAGUUUUCUUAAUAACUUGAAUUAUCCUUGAUUUCAAAUUUACGGCAGUCUCAAAACAGAGUUUUAAAAACCCUUUGCUGACUUCUAUAAUAGUAAAAUAUUAAAAUCUGUCAAGCAUUUGUUAUAGUUUAGAUUUUAAAACAUUGUUCCUUUUCUCCAUUCAUUUUACAAAGUGCUUUUGAAGUUGCACAAAGAUCGCUACCGUAGUACGUUUACCAGUACCUCUCAGUUCAGUUUCGUGAGACCCAUUCGAGCAUUUCGUUCACGGAAAGUUUUAGCACGAAAUUCGCAAAAAACACUACCCAUUGUUUUCAACCAUUCAACCACAUUCUGAGCUGAUUGGAAAAGUUGAUCAACCACUGACCAACCAAAAACGGUUUUUUCAAAUAGAACACGAAAAAACACGACCAACCCAACCAACCAAAAAAAGGUUGUUCUCAACAGACCACGACCUUUAAAUUUCUUUAUAGCGUGUGCUUGUCUUGUAUAGUUCUGAAUUCAUCAACGGAAAUUAUAUAGGCAGAACUCUAAACCCACGAAAAGCUUAUCUCUGCAGGAUUGGAUCUGGUGUUGGAGAUAUAAAUGACGCAUUGAACUGAUUUUUGUAUCCCGGCUGUUAUUCUUUUCUUUUGAAUAGAAUUCUUGCUCCAGAGGACCUUGCGUUAAAAACGCUUCAUGCGUUCCAAACUUUGAGUCUGAUGACUUUCAAUGUGAGUGUCCUUCAGGCUUCACAGGAGAGGCCUGUGCUGUUGGUGAGUAUGUUGGUUCGAUCGUCGAAUGAAGUCGACGAAGACCGCUUCAUUCCUCUAGGGGUAGUUGUUUUGUUGAUGAGUUUGAAGAAGGGAUUCGAUGGCUGGGCAAAUGGCCGAGAAGGCCAAUCCUUCCCGGAGAAUCUCAGUAAAUUAGAGGUAUUAACGGUUAACGGUUAUCCUCAGAGCACGCCUUCCAGCUUGCUCGCAUCGAGCUCGCAGGCUUAAUUGAAGUAAGAAAAUCAAUACUUUGAAAUAAUUCAAUAGUUGUCAUCGGUUUAGACCUCCGUGACCUUCUUCAGGAUGGGAAAAAGAGGUGAAAUAUGUAUACAAUCGAACCUCCACUAACGGCCCCCUCUUCACAAAGGCCACCACUCUACAACUGCCUUUUUUUUGGCCGACAGUCCAUACAUUUACUCUUGUUUCAAUCUCUCUACAACGGCCACCUCUCAAUGGCCACUUUCGUCUGUCCCUAAGGUGGCCGUUGUAGGUACAACUGUAUAAGACAAGUAUAAGACCCAUCAGCCUCGAGACGUGGGAUGUGGUGGUGUUGGUGGUCUUGGAGGGAAAAUAAACAAAAAAAUGAGCAGGAGUGAAAUGACGUCGUUUUGGAGGAAAAGGAAGGGGAGUUGGGAAAGUAAAAUAUUGUGUUUUGAGCCAUAGGAGGAGCUAGUUUCCCUUCAAACCCGUGUGGCCAAUGUUGUGCACGAUUUGUGUGGCAAUGGAAUGGGCAAUAAAAGCGGUAGUAAAUAGGAAUUGCAUAAUUCUUAUUACGGCUUAGUGAUUUAUAAUUCACACGGGAGUGAACACUUGUUCAUCAACCCAUAGACACUUUUUUAAGUCUUCAUUUAACUAAUCAAAAAGCAGGACAUUCAUUACGUCAACUUAUCUAUAUGAGAUUCUACAGCACAGUUAUUUAUAAGAUAAAGACAAAAGGCUUAAUGUACUCCACCGCACGAUAAUGAGAUUCCACCGCAGCAGAAAACAGAGUAACCGGUCCCCACUAUACUACUCAGUGAGAAAACUGAACUGCCUAAGCUACUCCCCCAAGCAACGGUCUGGUCAUUGUUGACUAACCUGUUACAUUUCCCAGUCUUAUUUUGACUUGACUUGGUGAUUUACAUUACAGAUGUUGAUGAGUGUGCGAAACAGUUGGACAACUGCCACUACUAUGCCCACUGUAACAACACUUUGGGCUCGUAUGAAUGUCUUUGCAAAGAUGGUUUUGCGGGGAACGGUCGCUUGUGUGUUGGUAAGAAUUCAAUUGGGGAGCGCCCUUUGCUACCCCCUGUAAGCUUCAUAGGAAACUAAGACUGCUGGCGGUCUUGUCUUUAGUAAUCAGGCCUCGGCCCGGUUAUCAGUGUUAUAUUAUUUUGACUGACUAAGUUUCGUUAAACCCAGUUAAGGGCAUAACUGUUUCGGUGUUCCUAACUUUGAUGAAACACAGAAAUAAGCGCAAAAAUAGUCAAUGACUUCCAAAAGAACUUAUAACAAAAUGAAAAAAAAAGUCUAUCUUGGGAACAAGGUAUAGUUCAGUUCCCCCCUCGGAUAUUUUCGCUCAUACCAGUCCUGCCAAGCCUUGACUUGACUGACUCAAAUAAGAUUGCCCUGCUGGCAAUCUAAACAGCAAAUUAACGAGGACGCAUUUGGAUACAUAGUAUCUAUUCUGUCACUUCAAAAGCACCAAACUCGGGGAACUGCAGGGACCGAUUCUUGUGGCUCUCGUCUAUGUAAAGUUAAAUUCGUCAUAAUUGUGGGGCAGCAGUUUGUUUUUCGGUUCUUGGAUGUGCGAGGUGCAGUAAGUAGCUUGCAGGGUCAGUAAAAUAUUUCACCUGUCAAGGUAUUUUUACUUGAAUUUGUUGUUACUUCCGGAUUGCAUUCUCAACUCGCUGAUGACAGAUCUUUACCGACUUUUUCCUCCUAUUUAGUUAGAAUAUGUUAAACCGUGUCAGGGUUGCGAUGGAGACCUUCUUGCGCUUGACGGCCUACCCUCUACGGGGGCUAGGGGAAAAAAAAGAAGGCCUGUGGCACGAACUAGAAAAACAUUUAUUAAUUUGAAUAAACCACUUCCUCGUAUAAGUAGUCAGCGCAUUAGCAUAGAAAAGGACUUAAACAAAAAAACACUGAAACAUGUAUUGUCACAAUUAAAAUUCUAGUUUUUCUCAGUAUUAGAAAUCAUUUCUGAUCUGGAAGAGGAGAAAAAGUUUACAAUUUAAUUUACUAACAAUUACCGUUUACUUCAAACAGACAUCAAUGAAUGCACCAGAACUCUUCACAAUUGCCACCAUCCCAACGCAACGUGCAUUAACACCGUUGGCUCGUUUAGUUGUACAUGUAAACCUGGGUUUGAGGGAGAUGGAAUAACUAUAUGUGAAGGUAAAGACCUACCUAAUCAGUAAAGCUAUUUUUAUUCAUUCAAAGUUAAUUUCUACGUUUUCCCAGGGCUAAUUUUUCAUGACAGUCAUUGCAAUCACUUGGGGCAAGUUUGAAAUCUGUCCAGACCCGCAGUUCAUCAAAGUUUAUCUCUGGUUGUUUGUAACUUAAAUUCCUCAGAGACAUAUUUUUCCUCACAAAGCCGUAUUUACGGGUAAUUCUUUUGCUUAUUAUAAGUUCCAAAGCGAGUACGGCCAAAUAAUUGGUAAUACUAAACAGAUGGACUAGAGUGCCGUGACAGGCCAACCUUCAAUGCAGCUCGGUGUUCAGAUUUGGAGUUGGAUUGGAUGUCACUAUCCUUAAGGUCUUUUUUCUAGUUUUUUGAAGACAUUUUUCUUAAAGUAGAUUUUUGUAAUAAUCAAAUCGGUUUUUCUAACGAAUAUUUCCCGAUUCCAUUAACCUCUCGUAGAAUGUCGAACACCUCUGGGCAUGGAAAGCCUUGCGAUCGCUGAUGCUCAAAUCAGCGCCUCUUCAGAAUAUAACGCCAGCUAUGCAGCAAGCCAUGCCAGACUGUAUUAUAAAGGAGGCUGGGUAGCAGCCACGAAUGAUGAAAACCAAUGGCUUGAGGUGGAUAUGGAAAAUCAGUUAACUAGGGUGGCACGUAUAUCAACACAGGGAGCCCAUAGUGAUGGCUCAGUACUUGGAUGA